AUGUGUAUAAAUGAUAUUCCAUUUGUUAUUCCAAGACGUUUAGAAGAUGUUCGUCAAGAAACCACAACAGAUUUUGAGAGAGCUAAACUUAUUAUACGUCGUAUGGAUGAAUAUCUUGUUUCGUCUGAAGAUCUAGAUGAAGCUAAACGACAACGUCAUUUAGAUACAUCACUUGGUCUUAGUGCUUUAGCUGAAGCAGCUAAUAAAAUACAGAAAGUAUCAUUUCGUGAAGUACUUAGUAUUGAUGAAACAUUACCACUGGGAUCAAGAUGUUUAUCAGAACAAGAUUCAUCUGUUGAUAAAAUUUUACGUAAAGCAGAAAAAACUGAUCCAAUAACAGACUUUCAAGAGGCACAUGAUUUAAUUGAAUUUGAUGAAGCACUUGAGGAACAUCGUAAAAAUUUAUUAAAAAAAGAACCAAAUAAAUUAUCUGAUAUGAUUUAUUUAAAAUUUUGUUUAAUGCUUGAAUUACAACGUGAUGAAACUGAAAGUUGUUUACGUAUAAUAUUACAUGAUAUUAUAUUUAAAUUUCAUUUAAGUGGUUUUCGCUUACGUUGCGAAAUUCAUGUUAAAAAACCAAUUGAACAUGAUCUUGUUUUAGAAAAAGUUCUGAAUGAAUCACAUUUAAGUACAAAUUAUUCAGCACAAUUAAUAUUUUGGUCGGGAGAUUGGAUUAUUCAACAAGAAGUUGAAUUAUAUAUUGUUAUGACAGUUGAAUCUUUAUCAAUAAAUAAAUAUAUUGGUCCAAAAUUUUGGGAUAUGGCACAUUUACAUGUUAAAAAUGUUCCACAUGGAGCUUCAAGAGUUUUUUUACGUGAACUUACACCCGUUAGUCGGCCACAUAAAAUUCUUUCACGUGGUAUUAAUGUUGGACAAGUAGAAAUCGAAGCAGCAUAUUGGACUGAUAAAUGUCAAUUAUCAAUUCAUAUUAUUAAAGUUAGCCAUUCACAAGCCGAACGAUUAUUACGAGCACCUGAAACAUAUGUUGAAGUUAUUUUUCAAGGUCCAUUUGAUAUCUAUGAUAUCAAACGAACAAAAGUAGCUGAUCGUUCAUUAAAUCCAAAAUUUAAUGAAGAAUUUUUUUUUCAAACAGCAGAACAAACAGCAGUUAGUGAUAUUACAGUUGAUUUGAUAUUUCUUGAAAAAUCAUCUUUAUCUCAUCAUCCUGUUGUACUUGGAGUAUUAACAUUAUCAAAACAUACAGAUUGGUAUCCUGUAAGAAAAUUUUGGGCUGACGUGGAGGAAAAUCCAAAUAUUAAAUUAAAAAAUAGUUUUCUAUUUGAAGGAAAUGUUGAUGAAUAA